CAUCAUCAUCAUCAUCGCCCAGCUCGAACUUAGCAAAGACUGCUAAUGCAGAGGAUGGCGAGCAUGUUGAGCCCGGCGGAACAAGAGAGACCACCACAGGUACUGAAAAGAACGAAGCAGAUAUAAUAAUGUCUUCUGUACAAGUGCAACGAAUCGAGGACUCGAAUAUGACCGCCUUCAAGAAGCAAAUCCUAAAAAUGUUAAUGCAAAUUCCGAGGAGCAGGUACUCCACUUAUGGGGCCAUGUCGGAUCACUUGAGUACAGUAUCCUCGAAGAAGACCUGCGCUCGAGCCGUUGGUAGUGCUAUUAAGAACAAUCCCUUUGCCCCUGAGGUACCUUGUCACCGUAUUCUUGCCGCAGAUGGCACGUUGGGCGGCUUCAAGAGCGGAGGCUGGGGCGAAAGUGGCAAGUUUGCCAACGAGAAGCAUAAGCUGCUCCAAGAAGAAGGCGUCAAAUUCGAUUCUAAUCACAAGGUCAAGGGACCUCCGUUUCGAGACUUCAAGACAUGA